UCACGUGACCGCAGCUUUACCGCCGACGUCACAGAAACGGAGCUGGUACCGAGUCGUUAUCCAACCGCGACACCUAAUGCACCAGAACUCGGCCCGCCAUCGUAGAGAAGCGCCCUCCUGGUCUUCCGCCUCCUUCAUGCUGGUCUUUGCCCGUCAGCGCGGCGGUAACGUAACCUGCGGGCGCCGAAUGACGCCACCAACUCCCGGUGAAACGGCGUAAACAGACAUGGCUGCCCGGUAGAGGAGCAGCUGGGGUUGUUCUGGUUGAGCUUUUUCUUCAGAUGUGUUGCUGGUAGAAACAUGGAGAAACCAAGAUCCUCAGACAGAGCAGAGCUGGAAGAGACAACAGGCCUGGUGGAGGAUGGUGAUUUGCCUCAAGGUGCUGAAGGUGGAAAGGUGGAUCCUCGAACCCUGAGGAAGAGCAGCUCCUCCCGCUCUUCCCGUAAGAGUUUCCGUCUGGACUACCGACUGGAGGAGGAGGUGACGAAGUCCUGUCGGGAUAAACAUGGUCGCUGGACAAACCCCUGGCCAACGUGGCGUUUUCCAUCGUACUCUAUGCUGUUCAGAUUUCUGGUGCUGGAUAAAAAUCACAGCAAUGUGCCAACAAGCAAAGAGGUCCUGGACAGUGAACUCCCAGUAUUGGAGCCCUACUUUGUCCAGAAUCCAGAAGCAUUGGACUCUCAUGCUGGUAUGAGGGUAACCUGGCUGGGCCACGCCACAGUUCUGGUCGAAAUGGAGGGGGUCAACAUUCUGACCGACCCCAUUUUCAGCCAGAGAGCAUCAUUUCUUCAGUUCAUGGGGCCCAAACGAUACAGAGGACCCCCCUGCACAGUGGAGCAGCUGCCGAGGAUAGAUGCCGUCCUCAUCAGCCACUCUCAUUACGAUCACCUGGAUGCUGGAUCUGUUGCCAGCCUUAAUACACGCUUUGGAGGGGAGCUACGCUGGUUCGUGCCCCUGGGAUUGAUGGACUGGCUGGCCAAGAUGGGCUGUGAGAACGUGAUGGAGCUGGACUGGUGGGAGGAAAACUGCGUCCCGAGUCACGACAACGUCACGUUUGUCUGCACGCCCUCUCAGCACUGGAGCAAACGGACAGCGUGGGAUGAUAACAGGUCUUUAUGGAGUAGCUGGUCUGUUUUGGGUCCCAACCAUCGAUUCUUCUUCGCCGGCGACACAGGCUACUGUCCGUCCUUCCAGGAGAUCGGGCGCCGCUUUGGGCCAUUCGACCUCGCAGCAAUCCCAAUUGGAGCGUACCUGCCCAGGGAUGUGAUGAAGGGACAGCAUGUGGAUCCAGAGGAGGCUGUUCAGAUUCAUCAGGACCUUCAGGCCAAACAGUCUGUAGCCAUACACUGGGGGACCUUCGCCCUCGCCUAUGAGUAUUACCUGGAGCCGCCGGUCCGUCUCAGAGAGGCCCUGGAGCAGAGGGGACUGAAACCAGAAUCCUUCUUCACUUUGCAUCACGGGGAGUCCCGGCUCAUCGCCACACAAGACAGAGACGUCUUCGAUUGAUGUCUGCAAAAACAAACAGUGCUCCAUACUGAUUUCAUUAAAAGACUGAAGAUUUGA